AUGUCAGCCACCGAAAAGUCCAGCGACCGCCACAGACUUCCUCUGUACCAGUUAGUGCUGUCCCAAGAUACCAUCACCGACGAUGUUCUCCACCAUCAAUGGGAGGGCAGCGGCACAGAAGAAGAUCCUUACUUGGUUGACUGGCUUGCUGAAGAUUCUCGUGAUCCGCAUCAGAUGCAAGACUGGCUCAAGUGGUCAAUCACACUACUCCAAGCUGCCUCCUUCUUGUCCAUCACAUUCGCCUCGUCCGCUCUUUCAGCAGCCAACCCCCAAAUACAGAAGGAGUUCGGAGUCAGCGCUGAGCUAGUGGUUGCCGAUACCUCACUGUUUGUUCUUGCUUUCGCGAUCGGGCCUGCAAUCUGGGCUCCGCUAUCCGAGCUUUUCGGCCGUCAACUGAUCUAUUUCAUUACUUACGGUCUGACUACACUGUUUGCUGGAGCAACGAUUGCAAGCCCGAAUAUCGCCACAUUGCUUGUCCUUCGAUUCCUUUCUGGUGCAUUUGGCUCGUCCGCAAUUUCAAAUGCCGGCGGUGUGGUUUCAGACAUGUAUACAGCCCGGGACAGGGGACUAGCAACCAUCGCGUUCAUUGGUGCCCCUUUCUUAGGCCCGAGUCUUGGGCCUAUAACUUGUGACUUUUUGGCUGUUUCUCAAGGCUGGAGAUGGGUGCAGGGUCUUACCACUAUUUUUCAUGCAGUGGUGUUCCUGGUUGGCAUUGCCUGCAUUCCUGAGACCUAUACUCCGGUUUUGUUACAGAAGCGCGCUGCAAAGCUCUGCAAAAUGACUGGUGCUGUCUACAAGAGCCAUCUGGCUAUAGGUGACUCCAACCGAACAGCCGGUCAGAUCUUUGCUAAGACUAUGGUUCGACCGUGGAUCUUGCUCUUCAUGGAGCCGAUCGUCCUGCUGCUGUCUAUUUACAUGGCAAUCAUUUACGGAACCAUGUACAUGGAAUUUGCCGCCUUCCCCAUCGUCUUCGAAGAUACCCUCAAAUGGCCACAGAACACCUCAGGUCUGUCAUUCCUAGGAAUGAUGAUCGGGCAGAUCCUCGGCUGUGCCUAUUCAGUCCUUGAUGACGGCCGUUACAAAAAGGUUGCCGAUCGCACUCCCUAUGGUCGUCCUCCCCCGGAAAGUCGAUUGAUCCCAGCUAUGGUUGGCGCAGUCACCCUUCCAAUCGGACUCUUUUGGUUUGCAUGGACCAACUUCCCUAGUAUCCAUUGGAUCGUAUGCGAGAUAGGAACUGUUCUCUUUGGUUUCUCUCACGUAUCGAUCUUUUUAAGUGUUGUGAACUAUCUGGUCGAUGGCUAUACUAUUUACGCCGCAUCCGCACUGGCCGGUAACGCUGUUAUCCGUGCUCUUUUCGGUGCAGCAUUCCCUCUCUUUACCACUCCAAUGUAUCAGAAUCUUGGAAUCCAUUGGGCUUCCUCUAUCUCGGCCUUCCUUGCCAUUGCCUGCUUGCCAUUCCCAUGGAUCUUUUACAAGUACGGACCGGCUAUUCGCCGACACUGCCAAUAUGCUGCUGAGUCCGCCCGACAGUUGGAUGCCAUGACCGAUCGAAUGCGCGCGCAGACUGAACUGAGGGCAACCAAUGAAAAGAAACCUGAAAAUGAGACCAAACCUGCCACUAGCUCGGGUGAUUCCCCUACUGGGAAAGGGGACGAAGAGCUUUAA